CAAUUGCUUUGAGAACAGAACGUCAAAAUGUGUUGACAUUUCUCUCCGUGUCUGUGAAAUAACAGGAAAACUUGUGAAAAAUACCGACAUAUUAGCCAGAGGAUAUUUUCAGAAGUGGUCUAGAGUAACAAAGAACUUCUGCCGCUACUCGAUUCAAUAUUCGCUCUUCUGAUUCACAACUUGCCGAAACGAGAAAAACGAAAUAAAUGGUUGACUGAAACUCUACAAAUGGUUUUCUGCUGUUAGGCACAUUCGUGGAACUUGGCCGAAAAAAUACAUAAAUAAAAACAAUGGCCUACCAAACGCUAAGACAGACAUACCUUGAAAUUCCAACCGUUACCAGAUUUUAUACAACAGCCUGCGUUAUAACAACUUUGGCAGUGCAUCUCGACUUAGUAUCACCACUUCAACUGUACUUCCAUCCUACAUUAAUCUUUCGAAAUUUCCAAAUAUGGCGAUUAGCUACAACAUUUCUGUUUUUCGGCACUGUCGGUUUUAGUUUCUUUUUCAAUAUGAUAUUCACAUAUCGAUACUGUCGUAUGUUGGAGGAAGGUUCAUUCCGGGGACGCAGUUCAGAUUUUGUUAUGAUGUUCCUUUUCGGUGGCGUUUUAAUGACAAUAUUGGCAUUCUUUGUAAAUUUAUUGUUUUUGGGUCAAGCAUUUACGAUAAUGUUGGUGUAUGUUUGGUCACGUCGUAACCCAUUUGUCCGGAUGAAUUUCUUUGGAUUGUUGAAUUUUCAGGCACCGUAUCUUCCGUGGGUUCUUUUGUGCUUCUCAAUGAUUCUUGGAAAUACGAUAUGGAUCGAUUUGAUGGGCAUGGCCGUUGGCCAUAUUUAUUAUUUUCUAGAGGAUGUAUUCCCACACCAAAGAAACGGAUGUAGAAUUUUGAAAACACCAACGUUUUUGAAAGUGUUAUUUAAUGAGCACAUAGAUCAUAGUUAUCAGCCUCUACCAGAAGACCGACCGGGCGGUUUCAACUGGGGCGAAGAGUUUGGAAUGGGUGCUGAUAUAAGAAAUCAACAACAGCAACAGCCGGAGGAGGAGCGCGAACGUCAGCCAGAAGAGCGCGAACGUCAGCCAGAGGAACGGCCCGCACAAUAAAAAAAGCAUAAUUUAAGAUUGUUGAAAAGGAGGAGGAAAGACCUUAGUGUAAUUAUUGUGGUUGUUGCCUGUUUUAUUCAGUUGUGCCGUGGGCCCUCUUUUAAAAUACAUUCUAGGGAAGUGAAACUUGCUACGAAGGAAAAAAUAUAUUGGUGUUUUGUAUGUAUUAUUUAAAACUUGCGAGGAUUUUUGAUGUGUACAAUCUAAACUCCUUUGUAUGAUUUACAGAACUGUUACGGCAGAAAUUUUGUAAUAAAAAAUAUGUAAUUAAAAAAAAA